UGAAAGACCCAGCGGCUUAGCUCUGCUGGCUAUUCCAGCCUAGAAGACGAGCUGACCCAACAGGAGAUCCUGAAAGCGGGCGCUGGUGUCAGUUCCUAAAGAGCGCCUACAGCGCAAAACGGAGAAAAGUCGCUCUGCCACGCUGUGGAAAACUGUCUGGAAUAUAGCAUACCGGAGGCGGAAAAGACUGCUCAUUCCCCAGCCAUGACUGACAACAGGACAUCCAUGGAGGUAUGCACUGUGGCCAGCACCCAGAACAGCACCGGCAGCCGGCAGCCGCAGGUGUCCCCCAUGACCUCCGUGGUCUCCAUGAGCGUCGGGAUCAUGUCCAACAUGCUGGCCCUCAUCAUCCUGGUCAAGUCCUACCGCCGCUUCCGCCUCAAGACCAAGGCCUCCUUCCUGCUCUUCGCCAGCGGCCUGGUGAUGACCAACUUCCUGGGGCACCUCAUCAACGGCUCCCUGGCGCUGCACGUCUACAGAGCGGGCAUGGACGCGACGGGCCUCUACUGCAACGUCUUUGGCGCCUGCAUGGUGUUCUUCGGCCUGAGCCCCCUGCUGCUGGGGAGCACCAUGGCGGUGGAGCGCUGCUUCGGCAUCACGCGGCCCCUCUUCCACGCCGCCGCGCUCACCUCCCGCCGCAUGAAGAAGAUGCUGGGCCUGGUCUGGCUCCUGGCGGCCGCCGUCGCCCUGCUCCCCAUCCUGGCCCGCCGCUUCUACCACAUGCAGCACUCCCGGAGCUGGUGCUUCUUCCGCCAGGAGGGGGCGCUGGACUGGCUGGACAUCUUCCUCCCCCUGCUGUUCUCCGGGAUGGGGCUCCUGUCGCUCUCCGUCUCCAUCCUGUGCAACAUGGUCACCGGGGUUACGCUCCUCCGCUCCAAGCUCCGCAGCGGUAGGCACCGCAAGGGCACUUCCCACCACCUGGAGAUGGUCUGCCAGCUACUGGCCAUCAUGCUGGUAUCCUGCAUCUGCUGGGCUCCUUUAUUGGUUACUCUCAUCAUCCGGAGCAUUUGGGUCCAGAACCAGCGAGUCUGUGGGCAGAUGCUGCUGGCGGUACGCAUGGCCACCUGGAACCAAAUUCUGGACCCCUGGGUGUACAUUCUGCUGAGGAGGGCGGUCAUGAAGAAAGUCUUCAUCCUAACCCAGAGGUGCUGCAGCCCGCGCAUGCAGACCUUCUACAAGUGGAACUGCAGCACCUUCAAGGACUCCAUGCAGACCAGCAACCCCCCGCACCGUGUCAGCCUCGUCAUGACCUCCCUGCCGAAGACCACCAUCAAACCUGUGCCCUGCACCUGAGCUCGGGCAGUACACAAAUCAAGCCCCAGGCUUGUCUGCGUGAAACUUGAAGAUCUGCUUCAGUCGAACCACUCUGCUCAAUCCAGAAGGGGGCCAGCAAAGAAGGGGGGAAGCAGCCCUGGAGAAAAGGGAACAUCGUCAUCCUUUUGGACGCUGUCUUUAAUUUUAUUAGCCCUGACCUGUGAGUCACAUCAGGGGGAAUGUAAACUCUUUCGAAAGGAAGGGAGCAGGGAUGCCAAUCAUCUCCAUUAUCACCCCACGGGCUCAGAGUGAAAUGAGACAACGCUAGAGAUCGAUGAUGCCUGUGGUUGGCCACUUUCCCAUGAUCCAUCCCCCCCCUGAGGCCCACAAAUGCCAGGAGACACCUCCUUGCAGACUGCGGAUGCGUGUCUGUGCAACUUCACUGUGAGGGGAACCAGCCCAGGCGUCAGCCGUCUUCCCGCUGUUGUUCAAAAACACGUUCCGCCAGCCUCUUGAGGGGGAACCAAGAGCGAGGCCCCCCAGCGAGAGAGAGAGAGGGAGUGAGAGAGAGAGAGAUGCUGGGUGUCGAUAACGCGGGACUCGUCACUAAUCCCAUCUCAUCACAUCGGGAUCGCACGCUCCAGAGAUGAAAACGUUCGUGCUCAUGAUCGCCUUCAGAACAUUACCUCCGUUUUUAAAUCAGCGGUAUCAUCUCAGGAGGCACUCGCGUGCCUGCCGAAAUGCAACGAUGAUGCAGCCUUUUGAUUGCCCGCUUGCUCCGCUAUUCGUCAUUACAAGAGCGAGCUCCGACGCGCGGCUGACUGUGAAGAGCCAUCGCCACUUGAGAAACACGCAUGCUGAUGACUUUAUUAACAGCUUUGGGUCCGGAGAGGCAGCAGCCUUCCCCUGCGG